ACUCGCAUUAUGAAAAUAUCAAUGGGAGCACCGAGCAGAGAACGCUUGGUACUGCAGCACGCGUGGCCUGACGGAGAUUUUUUUGAAAACAGGCGUGGCAGUCAACGUGUUUACACUGAAAGGAGAAUCAGGCUCGAUCGAGAUUAGAGGACGCGCUCGCUCUAAUCUAUCGGUCGAUAUAUGGAAUGAAAAAUGACAGGUGGCCUCUUGUGUGGUGAUUAAUCGCGGCUAGCUGCUUCUGACGUGAUUGAAAAAGAGAAAGAACAUCGAUGGCUCAGAAUGCACAAAUAUCGCAUAUCUACAUUUUGUGAAAUUUCAGUUUCAUAUGCAACAUAUAGCUGUCGACUGUUUCUUCAUUCUUCAAAGAUGAUAUUUAUAUCUACUUCAUAAGUCUCUGUCUCUUCGUAACAAGUCUCUGCAUUCAAAUACUUUCGCGAGCCACUUUGUGGUUUCUAUAUUUUGUUCAAUUAUCGUAUGAAUCCUUAACACAUCGUUAACCGACUAUUUUAUGCGAAAACUAGUAACUUAACUUUGUUUAACUCGUGAUCGUCCAAUAAUGUGUUAUUACAAUAUCUGUGCUAAAUCGUCCCAAAAGUGCGCAUUUAAAUCCAUUUGUUAAAGAAAAGCUCCAUCGAAAUCGUAUAUCAUUGUUUGCAGUAAUUUCCAUUGGAAUUUUUUCAAAAGUUUUUUUGAAAAUUCGUCAUCUGAUCCUUCAAACUAAUCCUUCUAACUUCUCAAAAAAAGAAAAGAAAAAAAAAUGAAGUCGUCUGGUACUAUUUUAAAGAAGUUAUUUUAUUUUAAAGGGAGCCUGAUUAUCAAUGAGACUAACUGCGCGCUGUCGAUGUCUUUCUGUUUCUUAAAUCAUUUUCAUGCGAAAGCGCACUCAAAUAAGCGAAGGAAAUGAAAAUCAUUUCGAUAAUAAAUCAAGAGAAAUAUAAGGGACCAAAUAGAUUCUACUUUAACGAAUUGCUCCAUCAACUCUCAUAUAAAUUAAUUCCCUUUUUAAUUCAUCCUUUAUUCUUAUAAAACUUCCUUAUUUCUUGCUAUCUUAUUCGCAGUAUUAUAUCAUACGUUACUUUUAUUCAUUUUCAUCGAUGGUUUUACUACCUGCAAUAAGCAGAUUGACAACUUUGCGUAAACGAAAAUCGGCAAAGCUAUUCAGUGAUCGACUGUCCUUCGUAAUCAGCUCAAUGCAGACGUUCUGUGGUCAUUUCUAAUUAUAGUUAGCAAAAGAAUAAAGGAACUCUGUUCUUCGUCUUUUCUGAUUUUCCUUACUUGUGGAUUUCUCUUUUUUUUUUCAAUUCUCCUGAGUAAUUACUGAAUUACACUGGAGCUGGUCUGAGAAACUAACAAAACAUGUCCAUCCCUACAGUCUAAAAUAAAAAAUUUUUAGGUAUACGUAUUAGUACAUAGGUGUACAAGUGAAUAAUCCAAAUUUUCCAGCGAAACUAAAGUUCAUCUAAAAAACAACAAAGCAAACAGUAUUUAACAAAAAUAAUUCGCUGUUACUUCCUGUAACUUUCAGACAUUUACCAGGCAAGCGACGAAUCCCAUCACGAUGAAAUCCCGUAUAAUCUUGGAUCUCUAAACAAGAUCCAUUCGUUGAGUCAUUUUUAUAUCCGAUCCGCUAAUUCCAAGUGGGUGUCGGAUAAGGCGUGUUACAUUGAUCAGAACAGAUGAUGAUCCGAAGUAACGUCUUGCCGAGUAAACUGGCCACUGCAAGAUGUCCCAAUCGUCGAGACUUGUUGUUGUGUCUUUCGUAUGUCAUAGAAGCAGUAUGUAACCUAACGUUGUCACGCAGUAAUUUCAUAGAACGUUUACCUGUACCAGUGUCCGAGUGUAACGAUUGGAUCUUGUCUAAAGACAAAACACUCUGUGAUGAAACUCGUCACUCGCCUAACAGAUGGUCUUAAAUCAUGAAAAGCGACGACAAAUACUCUGCUUGAAUAACUCCCGGCAAAGGUUCUCCCACGGGGUCAAUAAAUCCUCCUCGGACACUGAGCUAGCGCAGGGUAAAAGUAAAAAUCGAAAGAGUAAAUCGAAGGAAAAAUGGCCCUUACUGGAAGGGUUAACAGUCGACGAAUUGGCUCGUUAUCGGAGAAGACGUAUACAGGGACAACCAAAAGACAAUCUUGGACUUAAUGUCGAGGUUGAAAACGAAGAUCACAUGUCCGAGUAUCGUGAAGCUUUUCGUGCGAGAAGCGAGGAGUUCCUGAAGGAAAAUACUUGGUUGGAAAGUAAUAAAAGAAUCGAAGAUUUUCGGACAAAGGAUUCAAUUGGGGAUAGGAGAAUUUCAAACCAAAAAGGCGUUAAAGAACAAGAAGAGAAACAUACAGAGCUUCCAAUUAAAAAUACGAAGGACCGGACUUCUUUAGAACAGAUGAAUAACGAUAAAACGAUGGAGACUGAAGCAACGAAUUCCAAACUUGCAAACCACACCAAUCCUCCUAAACGACCUUUUUUGAUCAGAAGGGGCACUACAUUAAAACAUGACGGAGAAUUGUACACGGAUACCGAAACCUAUUCGUCAUACGUUGGCUACGAAGGUCAGCACAAGCGCGAGCUAGCUCGUAGGCCCACGUCUUUAAAAAUGGAAGGCGAUUUAGAAACGACCACUGAGAAAUGCGAGAAAUUCAUCCAGUGGCUGAACGUUAGCCGACCGGAACUUAUGCGUGUGCCUACGCAUUUAAAACUCGAGGGUGAAUUUGAAACUACCACGGAAAAUCAUGAAAAAUAUGUGCCAUUUGUAGGUAUUCGAAGACCGGAGCUAUUAAGGCAGAACACUAAUUUGAAAUUAAAUGGAGAGGCUAAUUUCGUGGCAGAAUACGCCGAUGUGUUUAAAAAACAUAAUAGCAAAGAACGUUCACGACCAAUAAAACCUGAAAUUCAUCUGAAGACCGGGAACUCCUUUUUUCAAAGUACUGAGCACACUGAUAGCUUUAUUGAUUCUCGUACUAAAAAGCCGCAAUUGACGAGUGAAUCGAACAAAGCUGCCGAAGAAGCGGAGAAAAAGCAAAAGAAAUUAAUAGAGAAAAAGGAAAAAAACAAGGAAUUGGAAAUGUUGGUUUCGAAGUUAGAAGACCUAAAGUGUCCACCGCUUGAAAUUCCGGAAUAUAAAGACGCGUACAAGGAUUUUCCAAGGGAGAGACCUAAAAUCGUAAAGCCAGAAGAUGAAAUUGGACGAGCGGAUGGCACGAAAAUAUCAUCUCCCUCACCUACGCCCAGAUUUACAUCGAAAAUUGAUCAAGAUCCGGAAUAUAAGUCGAAAUAUUUAGAUUAUCAAAGAGACCACCCAGUAUAUCGAAAACCACCGUUGAACUUGAGAUCAACGUACAUUUUUCCGAAACAUACACGUUUCGGUAGACAAGAGCCCAAACGACAUGAUCACGAGUUCACAAGUGAAGUUCGAGCCCAAUAUAUUCCUUAUGGUCAUAUACCAAGGGUUGAAACUUUAAAAAUGCCGGCCAACUUACGUUUGGAGGGUAAUCUUGAUCUUGAACCGGAAUAUAAAACAGCUUAUUGUUCGAAACAUGAGAAUCAGUUACAAAACGAACUGAGAAUGCAUCGUAGACGAGAUCGUAGUUUAAGCGCUUCCAGACGAAAAGAAAAUUAUUGGAUAAAUAAUGCAGACCAAUUUGGUUUCACAAAUGCCGCUCAAGAUCAGGACGCGUUCCAAGUGCUACAUACUCGAGUUCAUGAAGAUAAUGUCUAUGGAAAACCACCAACAGGUGGCCAAAGGAGUUCAAAAUCUUCCCAAACACAUAUGCAAAGACAAACACAGGUAAAUAUGCCAGAAUGUACAGGAGUGAAAGAUAGAUCAACUAGUCCAACAUACCGACUUCAUGUCUGUAAUGUCGAUGAUGAACCCAGAGGUUUCCGACGCAGACGUUUGCCACCAUUUCAGUCUUCCGGAAGGACACAUAAUCCUUCACCAGAUUGUGUACUUCAAAAUAAUAUUAUCAGACCAUAUUCUCCUAGUUUUGGUAAAAGCACCAAGCAACACUCUAAUGGCCAAUCAUUUGUUGUUUUGGAUAAUGGAAUCUUUGACACAAAUAAAAAUGAGAUUCGCAGAAGGCAAACAGAUAGAAAUUACAAUAUUGAUGGUACUCUCCCUAUUUCUAGAGGAAGAGCAAAACCUCCAGCAAAUUGGAUGCCACCAUGGUAUGAUAGUACUAAUACUAUCUAAAUUAAUGAACACAUAUUAAAUGUGCAAAAUUAAAUGUACAAUUAAAAGGGCUUUGUACUUUUUAAUAUACUGAUCAAGAACAAUAAAGUUUCUGUAUAAAUAUAAAUUGUAUAAUAUAUUUAUUAAUAUUUCAUUCUUCCAAAUAUAUGUGUAAUACAUGUGUAAUUUUAAU